UUCAUGCAAGGGGUGAAGAGCUGAUUGAAUUUCCAUAAAGAAAUUGUCCUUAAUUCUAUUUUAUUCUUUCAUAAAAGAAUAAGGUAAAAUUAAAAGGAAAUUUAAGGAGAAUUCAGUUAAGAAUUUAGUUAGAAUAUCAUUUAAAAGUCAAUGAAAAAUUCUCAGAGUCAUACCCUUUUCAUAGCCACCCCAUUCAUUUGUAAUGUGAUGUAAAAGUCAAUGUGAAAGUCCACCAAAUACAUUUCUUGGCACAAAAAGCAAAUAAAUUCUUCUCUCUAGGAACUUUUUGCGUAAUGUAAACCUCAACCCUCUUUUUUCUGUGCAACCCUUAGCAAUGAAGCCUCUUGUUGUAUAUGAUAUUAGAGAAAGAGCGCACCCUUAGAGGAUAAUUUGUAAUCAAUACCAAUAAGCAAUUUUCGCUUUGUGUGUUUGUAAAUUAAACAAUGGGCGGGAACUGAAUUACCUCGGCAGGAUGUAUUUUCCCGGUAACACCACAUGCACGCUUUCCCAUAUAUAAGGGUACAAUACCACACAGGGUGGCACUAAAGACGCCCUGCUAAAGAAUCUUCCGUACAAUAGCCGUUGUCUUUGCUAAGAUGGGAUGAAAAACAUCCUCAAAGCUCUCCCCUUUCAAAGCUCCCCCACAUGACACAUAUACAUGCGAAAGCUUCAAGUUCAUCGAAUGGCUUUUCCCCUCCUUGAAUCACCAACAAAACACGGUGGGCUUUUUCUGACUCACGCGAAAGCUUAGCGUGGUUAUGAUGUGUGGGAGAAGUUUUGGCAGAUAGCAAAGCCUCCAGCUUGUGUGUACAGCCAAAAGGAGGGAGAAUGUCCUGCGCAUUGGCUCACAAGCACGGCAAUUUCCCUCAAUAUUUACCGAACUGUAUCAACAGAAUUCUACGAAAGAGACAAGCUCGGUGUUGGGGUUCUCGUGAUACAGGGUAGUUGGGGUGAAAGAGAUAGCUAGUGGGAAAUUUUUGGGGGGAGAUUUGGAAUUUCCUACGAAGGGGAAAAAUAAUCGAAUUCCAAUGGAGAAAAAGGUCCAAACGUCGCAGCGCAGCAUCCAAAAAACCUCGGACAGGCAGUGUUUUGCAAUAUCAUCCUCAGAAUGGUUGUGAGUGAACCUGGCCAGCCUUCGUCGUGGUCUCAGUGAAAAGCCAUCCAGCCCCAGUGGCAGACACACUGGCGAAUGGCAUUCCCGUGAAUGUGCUACGCGUGAGUUCGUCUCCCCCAGAAAGCCAUCGAGCGUGCGGUCCGUGACAUAGAGUGUGCGAGGAGAUGCAUCGAUUAGUCUUGCUUGUGUUUUGUGCUCUUUUGUGCCCCAAAACAACCCUCGGUCUGCCAGAUAUCAUCAGAAUUGGCGGACUUUUCCAUCCCGACGAUGACACUCAAGAGGUUGCCUUUCGCUAUGCUGUUGAGAAGAUAAAUUCAGAUCGCACGGUCCUGCCACGUUCCAAAUUGUCCGCCCAAGUGGAGAAGAUUAAUCCCCUGGAUAGCUUCCAUGCCUCCAAGCGGGUGUGCCACUUACUGCGCACAGGGGUGGCGGCAAUCUUCGGCCCACAGUCCGCACACACGGCCAGCCACAUACAGAGCAUCUGUGACACAAUGGAGAUCCCACACCUAGAGACUCGUUGGGACUACCGGUUGCGCCGGGAAAGCUGCCUCGUGAAUCUCUACCCACACCCCAGUAUGCUCUCAAAGGCCUUUGUGGACAUCGUCCGUGCAUGGGGAUGGAAGAGUUUCACGAUUAUCUACGAGACGAAUGAGGGGCUGGUGCGACUGCAGGAACUCCUCAAAGCCCACGGACCCAAUGAGCUGCCAAUCACAGUACGACAGCUAAGCGAUACCGGUGACUACCGACCACUCCUGAAGCAAAUUAAGAACUCCGCGGAGUCUCACAUUGUCCUGGAUUGUAGCACCGAUAAGAUCUACGAAGUGCUGAAGCAAGCACAGCAGAUUGGAAUGAUGAGUGACUACCACAGCUACCUCAUUACUUCGCUAGACCUGCAUAUGGUGCAUUUGGAGGAAUUCAAGUACGGCGGAACGAAUAUUACGGCUUUCAGAUUAGUUGAUCCCGAGAAGGCAAUUGUCCAGGAUACCAUUGACACGUGGAUUCAUGGGGAAAGCAAAUCAGGCAGAAAGACGACUUUUGGGAAGAUGACAAAUAUAUCCGUAAUACGGACGGAAACAGCCCUUAUGUAUGAUGCUGUUCACCUGUUUGCGAAGGCUCUCCACGAUCUGGACACGAGCCAGCAGAUCGAUAUUCAGCCCCUAUCCUGCGAUGCCUCCGACACAUGGCCACACGGAUACAGCUUAAUAAACUACAUGAAGAUUGUGGAAAUCCGCGGACUAACGGAUGUCAUCAAGUUCGACCACCAGGGCUUCCGUACGGACUUUGUGUUGGACAUUGUGGAGCUAUCACCGUUGGGGCUACGCAAAGCUGGCACAUGGAAUUCCACACAGGGGGUGAAUUUCACAAAAACCUACGGGGAGCAGCAAAUGGAGAUUGUUGAGAACCUCAAGAACAAAACACUCGUUGUCACAACAAUUCUCAGCUCACCGUACUGCAUGAGGAAGGAUUCAGCUGAGAAAUUGUCGGGAAAUGAUCAAUUUGAGGGAUAUGCCAUUGAUUUAAUUCACGAAAUCUCCAAGAUUCUCGGUUUCAAUUACACCCUGAGACUUGCACCAGACGGCCGCUAUGGGAGUUACAACAAAGAAACUGGCGAAUGGGAUGGGAUGGUACGUGAGCUAUUGGAGCAACGAGCAGAUUUAGCUAUAGCCGAUUUAACAAUCACCUUCGAUCGAGAACAGGUUGUGGAUUUCACAAUGCCAUUCAUGAACCUCGGGAUAUCCGUCUUGUAUAGGAAGCCAGUUAAGCAGCCACCGAAUUUAUUCUCAUUCCUGAGCCCCCUCUCGCUGGACGUGUGGAUCUACAUGGCGACAGCUUAUCUCGGGGUCUCUGUGCUUCUAUUCAUCCUCGCCAGAUUCACCCCCUACGAAUGGCCAUCAACGUGCGACCCAGGAAAGGUGGAAACUCAAUUUACACUGAUGAAUUGCAUGUGGUUUGCAAUUGGAUCACUCAUGCAGCAAGGAUGUGAAAUUCUUCCCAAGGCUGUCUCAACACGAAUGGUUGCUGGAAUGUGGUGGUUCUUCACGCUGAUCAUGAUAUCCUCGUACACGGCUAACCUGGCGGCCUUCCUCACUGUCGAACGUAUGGAUUCACCGAUUGAGAACGCUGAGGAUUUAGCGAAGCAGACGAAAAUCAAAUAUGGUGCACUCGGUGGGGGAUCCACAGCUGCAUUUUUCAGGGAUUCAAACUUCUCCACGUACCAGCGAAUGUGGUCCUUUAUGGAGUCCACACGGCCGUCCGUAUUCACGACCAGCAACAUCGAGGGCGUGGAGCGUGUCGUGAAGGGCAAGGGGAGUUACGCCUUCCUCAUGGAAUCCACGUCCAUUGAGUACGUCAUCGAGAGGAAUUGCGAACUAACCCAAGUGGGAGGACUCCUCGAUUCCAAGGGCUAUGGAAUUGCAAUGCCACCGAAUUCCCCAUAUCGUACUGCAAUCAGUGGAGCUGUUCUGAAAUUGCAAGAGGAGGGAAAGCUGCAUAUCCUGAAGACACGCUGGUGGACGGAAAAGCGUGGCGGUGGAUCGUGUAGGGACGAGCAAUCCAAGUCGAGCAGCACGGCCAAUGAGUUGGGUUUAGCAAAUGUUGGCGGAGUGUUUGUGGUACUCAUGGGCGGCAUGGGGGUGGCUUGCGUCAUCGCGGUAUGCGAAUUCGUGUGGAAAUCCCGGAAGGUGGCUGUGGAGGAAAGGGUAUCUCUGUGUUCAGAAAUGGCCUCUGAGUUGCGGUUUGCCCUAAAAUGCCGAACAAAAACACGUGGAAUUCGCCAUUCGCACGCAGUGAAUGAUCUGGAUAGUGCAGAAGACCACCGUUUUCAUCCCCUUGGGCCACCCUAUUCGCAAUAUGAGUUUGAACCGAAAGCCCCAAUGGAAUAAACUAUAUACAUAUACUGCACCCGCGCUACCAGAAUGCAUUUAACCAUGAAAUAAUUAUCGAUCAACUUAAAGUAACUCUCAAUCAAAAAAACUACUAAAAAUCACGCGUAUUUUACUCAAUCGCUAGAGCACUCAAUGUCUAGAAGGAAGAACCUUAAAAAAAAGAAUCUAUUCUAGGUCAUCGUCAAACGUUCUCAACAAAUCUUUCGGAAUUUCUUUUGUACUUUUUUACAAAGUCACGUAAAAUGAAUCUAUUAAUGGAAUAAUAAAGGAAUUUGCAAUAUGGAAGUCAAAUAGUGGGAGGUAUAUUUGCAUAAUAUUAAUAAGUGGGUGGAAGGUCCUUAAAUAAUAAGGAACUUCCGCAGAAGGACCUCAUUUGCUCAUAUUAGUCGAAUAAAUGAGUUGAAAGGUAUUUUAAUUAGAUAUCUUUAUUUUAAAAAUUUAAAGGAAAAGUCUUUACUAUUUUAUCUUUAACUUUUUUUAUUUAUCUGUUAAAAGAAAAUUAUUAAAAUUGGAAAGAACAAAGAAGAAAAAAUAAUCAAAUAAAGAGAUAAAUGAAGCCACAAGAUUCUAUUAAACUAUUUGAUUUAAUUUUUUCUCCCCCGAAAAGUUGAUUAAAAUUUAAUUAAAAGAGAAAUUAAAUAAUCAAACUUUGAUUUUUUUUACCUAUAUGGAUUUUCACUCACUAUUAGACUAAUAAGGUAAAUCUAAUUAAUUCUGCAUUGCACACAUAAUUAAGCACUUCAAAGAAUAUUAUUUUAAUAAACAAAUUAUGAGUAUUUCAAUUUAAUUUAACACGAAACCUUUUCUGAAUUAUUAUAAUUAAAUUUAACUUAAUUACUCAUGUAAUUUGAUUAAUUUACAGUAAAAUUAACUCAAUUUAAUUGACUAAUUUUAGUGUUUAAGUUAAAGCUUUGAAUUGAUGAACUUUUUCAUUAACUGAAUUAAUAAAAAUUCUUAAGCGUCAACCACUAAAAAAAUAUAAAUGGACGAUUAACUAAAACUUUUUUGCUUUUUACUUGAAAACUUUUGAAUGAAUAGUUGCAGCUUAAAUUGACGGUGCGCACACAAAAUUUAUAUUUGAUAAAAGUUUCAAUAUCUCGAUUGCAACGAGAGAUACUUUUGUGGCGUGGAAAAAGUUUUAUUUUGGCUCUCUUUCUGGUAUUUGCAAAGAGUUAAAAUGAAAACUGCUUUCAAACUUGUCCAUUUGAAAAACUAAAUUUGAUAAGCACAACUUUUGAUUUAAUUUUUGAAACUCUCCUGGAAUCUCUCCAAAAUUUGUUUUUCAUGCUUUACAUUGGAAAAGAAAUCAAUUCAAAUUCGAUAGUUUUACAAUUUUUUUUUGGAUAGUUCUAAAAUGAUUUUUUUUGUUAACCCUUUCACGGCCACAAGGGAGGAAUUCUGUAAAAUUGGGAGAUUAUUUAUCAAAAAAAAAUGAACGAACGCUUUCUUUAGUUUCCAAAAAAUAGUUUUACUUGUUAAAAAAAAUAAAGAAUUAACGAAGCAUUAGUUAGCAUGAAUGCUUCAUGCAUUGAGUCACAUUCAGAUCAUUCUCCCGUUGAAUUGUAACUAAUUAUUUUAAUGAAUCUUUAAUGAUUAGACCAUCUAAUUGAAUAUUCAUUGUUUGACUAGUUGUAGAACAAAUGAGGUCCCAUUGGCUCAAUUAUUUUCUAUAUAUAAUGUGGUUUUAUACAUAACACACAAACACACCAAGAUGAUGCAAAAUGUUUUAGCAAUAAAGCUCUCUCUCUAUUAAAUAAUUUCUCUCACCCAAAAGGCGAAAGGAAAACAACCUC